AUGUAUCAAAGAAAUAUUGCAGAGCAUCGUAGAAAUAUCACAAAGCAUCGUAGAAAUAUUACAAAGCAUCGUAGAAAUAUUACAAAGCAUCGUAGAAAUAUUACAAAGCAUCGUAGAAAUAUUACAAAGCAUCGUAGAAAUAUCACAAAGCAUUGUAGAAAUAUUACAAAGCAUCGUAGAAAUAUUACAAAGCAUCGUAGAAAUAUUACAAAGCAUCGUAGAAAUAUCACAAAGCAUCGUAGAAAUAUCACAAAGCAUCGUAGAAAUAUUACAAAGCAUCGUAGGAAUAUUACAAAGCAUCGUACAAAUAUUACAAAGCAUCGUACAAAUAUUACAAACCAUCGUAAAAAUAUUACAAAGCAUCGUAGAAAUAUUACAGAGCAUUGUAGAAAUAUCAAAAAGUAUCGUGGAAAUAUUACAAAGCAUCAUGGAAAUAUUACAAAGUAUCAUGGAAAUAUUACAAAGUAUGAUGGAAAUAUUACAAAGUAUCAUUGA